AUGAGACAAAAAGAAAAGGAUUCAAAAGACAUAAUUAACAAAACAAAUCUUUUGAUUACUAUUGUAGAAAUUUCUGAGUGCAACAACAACUUGCAUCCGUAUAGAACCUUUAACAUAGUAAGCGAAAAUCCAAAUCCAUGUAUCACUGAUCCCAGAACUGAAAGUUUACGGUGCGUCGACAUUGUAGUUGUUUGUAAGAAAGACGUGAAUCGAAUCUUACCGCGGUCAAAAACUUCCGUUAACGUUGGACACCCCGACCAACCCGAGGAGCGGUUUCGGAUCACGUGGGUUCGGUUUGAAUGUGGCCCCGCCCCUUUCCCUGCGGGUGGUGGAAAGUCAACAAGGUUGGCUCUCGGCGAGAGGGGAGGAGAAGAUCAGGUUGUGAAUGAAUAUAAAGCGUCUGAAGAAGCUGCUAAAGCAUUCAUUGAGCUAACUGGAAACUCACUGAAGACAAGGAUGGAUCUGCCAACUGAUGAUGAUGUUAACUUUAUAACUGAAGAAACGUUUGAUUUUGGAAUUAAUUUCCCAACUGAAAGCCAAGAAUCAUUGCUUGAAAAUGACCCUGAAGAAGUCUUCAUUGGCCCAGUCAGACACUCUGAGAGGUGUGUUGCUAUGGGAAUCGAUGUGAACAGUAAUAAUGGAAACCAGAAAACAAAUGAAAGUGUGCUGAAGUGGAGUCCCCUAAGUGCAGAAAAACUGGUAGAAAUAGUGAAGGAAGCAAAUCGUCUGGCAAAUCAAUUUGAAAAAUGUGCUUUGAAGGAAAAGGAAAAUGCAAAAAUACAGGGGAGAGAGGGCAAAAGUGGCAGUGACCGAUUAAAAUUGGAAAAAGAAUCCAAGGCCAAAAGCAGACUUCUACAAGAUGAAAGAACAUGUAAAAAAAGCCCUCGAAGUCCAAGAAGAGAUACGUUUUUUGUGUUGGAUAGCCCAAAUAAAGCACUUCUUCCUUCUGUGAAUCUUCAGGUUAUAAAUGAAAACAGUCCAAUCACUAACAGUGGACAAGCACAUCCUAAUGAACCUCAAACAGCCAACUGCAGAACAGAGUUGACCAGUGAGUCUGAACGAAUAAUCACUGACAAACCAAUACAAACAAAGGAAGGUAACCUAUCUACAGAAAGCAAGCAAGCUGCUGUUAAGAAGCAGUCAGUGCUUUCCAGACCAUCUGGUUUGAAACUUCCAUCUGGUUUUAACAGGAAAGGAAACAUGCAUUCAAUAUCUCCAUCCAAACCCUACCAGUAUCCUAAAAAGGAUUCGCUGCUUGCACCCUUGUCCUCAACAGGGAAUCUAAAGCAAACCAAAAGUACAUCAUUAAACAACUCGGUAAAUCCCCCUGGAAAGAGAACUGUGCUUCACAACAAACAAGGUAAAGAAAAAGCACCAAUGAUAUCAGAGAGCAAAUUGCCUAGUUCAUCAAUCUCUUUUAAACUCUCCGCUGACACAAACAUGAAGCCACUUCCAAGUGCUAACAGAGCUACCAGCACAGAGAUCAGCAGUCGAAUACAACCACCAAGCAAGCUGAUUACUCCUGGAAAUCGUUUGAGACCUGGAUCUGUCUCAUCUAUUCGCACAGGUAGCAAAAGUGAAAAGGCCAGUUCAGCUGUGCUUAAAGGAAAUGGAUCAGAAAGGCAACUCAAAACUACAGUUACUUCAACUAAGCAUCUGAAUUCCAGUGUAAGUGCUUCAGCAAUCCAAAAUAGGCCUCAGCCCAAGAAAGUGACUUCAAGUAAUGUAAAAAGAUGAUCGCCUUUUCUUUUCAGGGUUCAAUGAAUACCGAAUCUGAGGGAUGACUUUUCUUGAGUUUCUAAUAAACCUGUGUAUAUCAGCAUUUAUUAAAACUUUACUGUGGAAUAUUGUGGUAUUUCUCAUAUGGGAGGAUAUUUGUAUGUGGAAAAGACUGAACACUAGUUGACAAGGUGGUAAAUUUAAAAUAGUUCUAGAACCCUUGAAAUUUCAUCUAAGUUUCAAAGCUCCCUGAUGUUCCACUGAAAAGUUACUCCAUGUUACGUAACCUCAGAUGAAAUCAAGAAAAGUGACAUUAGCCUUGAUUAUUUGUUUGGAUAUCUCAAAUUUCUGAUUUCUGAAAAUGCAUCUUAAAGUUCCAACUUUUAUAAGUUUUUGUCUCGGCUGCAACUUCAAUGUCACAAAAAUAGUAGUGGGACCAUCUGGAGGCCAGAGGAAACGUGCUUGUAAAGUCUGAGACUGUAGUGCACGUAGGGGGUUUCUACCUCUUCAUAAGGGAUUAAAAUUCAACAAAUCCAUGGGACCUGAUGGCCUACAGCCUAGGGCUCUAAAAGAGUGCAUCCACUAUUUCUGCAGCGAACUAUGAUUUUUCCAAAAUUUCUUAGAUUUGGGUAUCUAUUGGUCCCAUCAGAUUGGAAGUUGGCAAAUGUUAUACUGCUUUUUCAAAAGGAGGAAGAGACAAAACAGGCAUAUCAGUUGUUGGGAAAAUGCUAGAAUCUUUUUGGGGACGUCUUAACAAUUCAAUUAGAAAAAUAUAGUGUGAUUAGAGCAAGGCAACGUGGUUUUACAGAAGGGGAAUCCUGUUUAACAAAUUUUAUUAGUUUUUUUUUUGCAGAUAUAACUAGUAGGGUAGGUAAAGGGGGAUCUGUAGAUGUAGUAAACUUGGAUUUUCAAAAGACAUUUGAUAAGAUGCCACACAAAAGGCAAAGAUAAGGGUUCAUGGGGGGGCGGGUAAUAUAUAAGUAUGGAUAGAGGAUGGGCUAAUGGACAGAAAGCGUAGAGGAGGCAUAAAUGGGGCAUUUUCAAGUCAGUAGCCUGUGACAAGUGUAAUGCUACAGGGAUGAGGGCUUGGGCUUCAGCUGUAUACAAACUAUAUUAAUGACUUAGAUAAAGAGACAGAGUAAUGUAAAUUUGCUGAUACAAAUCUAGGUGAAAAGGUAAACUGGGGAGGACACAGACUGCAAAGAGAUUAUAGACAUGUGGAUAACAGAUGGCAGUUGAAGUAUAAUUUAGAGAAGUGUGAAGUUAUUCACUUUGGUCGUAAGAAUAGAAAUGCAGAGUAUUUUUUUAAAAGAUAUGAAACAUGUAAAGGUUCAUGUUCAGAGACUUGGAUUUGCUCCUACAAGGAAUGCAGAAAGCAUGCAGGUACAGCAAGCAAUUAAGAAGGCAAUGGCAUGUUGCCCUUCAUUGCAAGGGGUUUGGAUUACAGGAAUAAAAAGUCUUGCUACAAUUCCACAGGGUUUUGGUCUUCGUUUUUAAGGAAGGAUAUAUUGCAUUGGUGGAAAUACAGCAAAGGUUCACUAAAUUGGUCCCUGGGAUGAGGGAUUGUCCAAUGAUGUGAAACCUGUUGGGCCUAUGUUCUUUGGAGUUUAAAAGAAUGAGGCAAUCUCAUUGAAAUAUAAAAGAUUCUGAAGUGGCUUGAUAGGGUAGGUGCUAAGAAGCUGUUUCUGCUAGUCAGGGAACCUAAAACACGUGCACAUAGUCUCAGGAUAAGGGGCUGAUCAUUUAGGACUGAAAUGAGGAGAAAUUACUUCACUUCAGGAGUUGUGCUUCUUUGGAAUUCUGCAACCUUGAAGGCUGAGGAUGUUCCAUCUUUAAAUACUUUUUAAGGCUGGGAUAGACAGAUUUUUAGUCUUUAAGGGAAUCGAGAGGUAUGAGGAGCAGAUGGGGAAAGUGGAGCUGAAGGCCUAGACCAGCUAUGAUCAUUUGAAUGGCGGAGCACAUUCGAUGAUCCAUACAGCCUACUCCUAUUUCUUUUGACACUGGAUUAGAAAAUCACAUGAUGUUGAAAAUUGAAUUCAAAUUUUGAAACUUGUGGACUUGUAACAAACAAAACAAACUGAAUGCUAUUGGAUGGUUAUAGAACUCAACUAGUUCACUAAUGUUCAUCAGGGAACAGAAGCUACUCCUCUCUCCUAGUUUGGCCAAAUGGUUGACUCUUUCUGCCCUAAUUAAGUGUCUUGAUUAUCUCCUGAACACACACUAAAAUAAGAAAAUGAGUCCUGCUAUAUUCUGAAAACAUAAGAUACUUCCAUAUGAUACAAAAAUAUAAGUGUGAGAAUGGUCCUUGUAAAGUUUUGAUACAGUUCUAUUAAACUUUUUAUUUCUAUUUUAGUAUUAAGAAACACAUUGUAGUUCAUUGCAUAAUAAAAAUUAUUCAUUACACAUCUUUUGUUUAAAAAAAGCUUCAGUAAAUGCAUCUUAUAGCAAA